AUGGGUGACACGGCCGAGCCCGACAGCACUGGUGGGGCUGCGGCGGCGUCCAAUGGUGGUGCCCUGACUGGGGUGCAGGGGCUGGUUCAAGCCUUGCAUGGCUUGAUCGAUGUCCAGAGGAGCUCGGGGUUCACGAAACACUUGAAACCCCCUUCGAUGUUUGCCCCAGAGAACCGUGGUGACGAGCUCAACAAGUGGAUGGAUUGGAGAUUCCAGUUUGAGACCUUCGUAGGAGCAGUUGAUCCAUCCAUGCUGUCCCACAUGAAGAAUGCCGAGAAGGAAGAAAACCCCAUCAACGAUGGACUUCCCUCGGUCAGGUCCCAGUCAGAAAGGUUGUACUCCCUCUUGACAGGCCUCAUGAAGCAGAGACCCCUCCGACUGGUGCGAGGUGUGACCAACCAGAAUGGUCUCGAGGCCUGGCGGGUGAUCACCAAGGACCUUCAACCGAAGACACGGCAGCGCUCACUUGCACUCAUCCAGCUUCACAUACAGAUGACGCUGCAGGAUGACACUACGUUUGAGGACUUGAGGCAGCGGAUUGAGAUGUAUGAGCAGGUGAGUCAACGCUGGACCAGUGAAGGCGGCCUGCAAAUGGGUGUGAAGCCUCUGAUGGACCAAGGAGAUCAAGGAGAACCCAUGGAGAUCGACGCCAUAUGGUCGAAAGGAGGCAAGAAGGGUGGCAAGAAAGGAAAGAAAGGCAAGGACAAAGGAAAGAGUUCAAAGGGGAAGACUUCCUGGUCCAAAGAUGGAGGCAAGAAGGGCGGCAAGAGUUCGAAGGGCUCAGGAAAGCAAGAUGGUAAGAAAGGCAAGGGUGGCAAUGGAGUAUGCCCAAUUGUGGAAGGCCUGGGCAUUUUGCUCGGGAGUGCUGGAGCAAAGAUCAAGAUCUUGGAAGAUGCUGCCCUCAUAGACCCCGACGAGUUGAGGAUCCAGAUAGAUGAGGCCUGGUUUGACAAGGAGACAAAGUUGAAGGACUUGCAGGAAGCGUGCAAACAAUUGGGCUUGGCAACAUCUGGUUCCAAGAUCAAGGUGCUGCGGCGGCUUCAAAGUUACAAACACCACCAGGAGGAGAAAAUGGCCUAUGAGAUCGCCCAGAGGUUGUUCAGUGAAAGCAGGCGAGAAGCCAUUCCAUUGAAGACACCAAAGCUACCAAGCCGCCAUGAGCAAGAGCUUCAUCAGCUCACGCACCUGCCCUUUCAGUCCUGGUGCCAACAAUGUGUCGCCACUCGGUCGAAAGAAGAUCCCAGGACAAAAGAAGAUCAAGCUGAUCGAAAGGACCGAGGAAGACCCGUGAUAAGCUUCGACUACGGGUUCACAUACACCACUGGUGUUCCGGAGGAUCGACAAUGGGGCACUGCAUUGUAU